AUGUCUACAGUCCCGAAGAAUAUCGUUGUGAUCGGCGCAGGCGUGGUAGGAUUGACAACGGCAGUCAAGCUUCAAGAGAAAGGUAGAUACAACAUAACGAUCGUUGCGGAGACCUCGUGCACCGACGCCAAGUCGGUCAGGUAUACCAGCCUAUGGGCGGGAGCGCAUCAUGUCAGUCAUGCCGGCCUCAAUGCUCGAGAGAUGGCAAUCGACCGCGAAACCUUCGAUGUGAUGUGGGAAUUGUCUGCGCCGGGCAGUGAGGCGGAGCACUGCUUCAUGCGUGUUUCUCAAACAGACUACUUGCUGGACGGUCGUGAUGAAGGCUUGGAUUGGAUGCCAGACUUCAAGACGCUUCCUCAAGAGUCUCUUGCACAUGGCGCGGUGUGUGCCACAUCAUUCACCACCGUGAACAUCGAUACCCCGAUUUAUCUGCUAUACCUCCGCUCUCGGUUCCUCAAAGCAGGAGGAGUGAUUGUCACUAGCUCCGUGCAACACGUUCAGCAAAUCAUUGAGGGUGGUCCAGAAGUCCUCCGCACCGGCACGACAAGACCAACAUCCGUCGACGGGCUCAUUAUAUGCGCCGGUCUCGGCGCACGCACCCUUGGCGGAGUCGAGGACAAAGCGGUCUUCCCCGUCCGCGGCCAGAUCGUGUUGGUGAACGCUCCGUGGAUCACGUUCGGGCGUACCGUCAGCCAUGCUGAGAAGGGCAUGUGGACGUACGUGAUCAGGCGGCGCUCUGGGAAUGUUGUCUUGGGCGGCACUAAAGAAGAGGAUGAUUGGUACCCCGUCGCCCGACCUGCGACGACGACGGACAUUCUUGAACGCUGCCUCGCAAUUUGCCCCGAGCUCGUCCCGGCUGAAAUCAGAAAGUCCCGUGCCGGCACCAUAGACGACCUCCGCGAGCUCAUCGUCGACGAAGGCUGCGGCUUUCGUCCUCAGAGGAAGGGCGGGAUCAGGCUCGAUGUGGAGUGGGUCCCCAGACGUGCGGGGCAAGGAAAGGUUCCUAUGGUGUUCAACUACGGACAUGGGGGCGGAGGUUACCAGUCUUCGUGGGGGAGUGCGUCGAUCGCUCUCGACUUGCUCGAGAAAGCGCUAGCGUCCGCUGAGGAGCAGUAA